CCAAGGUCUUGUCACCUAUUUUGGCGGCUCGGCAGUCCUGCUCAAGGUCACCCUGCAGCCGGGAGCCUAUGCUGAGCUCUGGGGCUAUCGCACACUGAGGGACCCCAUGCAGGUCUCGGAGCCUGACCCCGGCCCAGGGGAAUGUGAAAGCGGGGAGCAGCAGUGGAGGGGCUGCCUGCCGGCACCCUGCCCUCCUUGCCUAGGCAAAAGGACAGCACGGCUAUGCCCCUCUCCCGGGGCAGUAGGGUCAGCCGUCUGUUCCAGGAAGAGAGGAGACAGUGGGGAAAAGCCAGAGCAUUGGACAUUCCUGUGCCGGAGCUGCGGUAGCGGGGCGACCCCAGCACCCUCCCGCUCUCAGGUCAAGUCGUGCAAGGAAGCAGAGGGCCAACAGGAUGCUGGAGGUCUGCAUGGCUCCCUGUAAGCGGUGAUGUGCCAGCUGGAUCUCUGUGCCACAAGCAGAAUUCAGGAGGGUAUCACAGCCCACUCCUUCCCCACCUCAUCCCAGCAAGGCUCAGGCCAUCAGGCACUUGUAUCUCCUCCCGCAUCCCCAAACCGCCAGCCCUGGAGAAGGCAACGGCUCCGAUAUUUGUGGGGCUUUUCCUACCUCUUCAAGGCUGCAUUGUCGCUGCAUUGUCCUGUGGCUUGAAGUGUCAAGGAUCAAGGGGCUGGGACCGCCCUGCCCUUCUGACGGAGAACAGCCAUAAGACUUGCUGGGACCUGUGCUGACGCUUGCUUCACAAGAUGACAGCAAGAGACGGGCCCCAAGAUAGGUACAAGGCUGUCUGGCUGAUCUUCUUCAUCCUCGGCCUGGGAACGCUGCUGCCAUGGAAUUUCUUCAUGACCGCCAGGGAGUAUUUCAUCAGUCGCCUUAAGGACCCGGAGGAGACAAGCCACGUCAGGAACCAGACUGGCAAGGCCACCUUCACACCCUCCUAUCUGCAGUCCGUGUUUGACAACUUCAUGACUCUCUGCGCCAUGGUGCCUCUCCUUAUCUUCACCUGCCUCAACUCCUUCAUCCACCAGCGGAUUCCCCAGCAGAUCCGCAUCUCAGGCAGCCUGGUGGCGAUUGGGCUGGUGUUUUUAGUCACCGCGAUCAUGGUGAAAGUCCCCAUGGACCCUCUUCCCUUCUUCGUCUUUACCAUGAUCAGCAUUGUCUUCAUCAACUCCUUCGGUGCCAUUCUCCAGAGCAGCCUGUUUGGGCUGGCAGGGCUCCUGCCUGUCAGCUACACAGCCCCCAUCAUGAGCGGGCAGGGCUUGGCAGGCACCUUCGCUGCUUUGGCAAUGAUCUUCAGUAUUGCCAUUGGUGCCCAGCAACCCGAGAGCUUCAUCGGUUACUUCACCACCGCCUGUGUGACGAUCGUGCUGGCAAUCGUCUCCUACGUAGUUCUGCCUCACAUGGAUUUCUUCCGAUACUACUCCAUGAAGGACAAGACAGAGUACCGCGUGUACAAUGCAGAGCUGGAGACCAAGAGAGACCUGAUUAAGAAAGACGAGAAUGGGAUGGAGCAGAAUAACUCAAAGAUCAUCCCUAUCCACAACCCUGAUGAGCAGCCCUCUGUCAUUGCUAUUUUUAAGAAGCUCUGGGUCUUGGCUCUGUCUGUCUGCUUCGUCUUCACUGUCACCAUCGGCGUCUUCCCUGCCAUCACAGCUAAAGUGUCCACUGUCCUUGGAGAGGGAAACAAAUGGGGUCUCUACUUCAUUCCUGUCUCCUGCUUCCUGCUCUUUAACGUCUUUGACUGGACAGGACGGAGUCUCACUGCCCUCUUCACAUGGCCCGGGAUGGACAGCUGCCUCCUGCCAGUGAUGGUGGUCCUCCGUGUCAUCUUUGUCCCUCUUUUCAUGCUGUGCAACGUGACACCCCGUUACUACCUGCCUGUCGUGUUCUCUCAUGAUGCCUGGUACAUCGUCUUCAUGAUCUUCUUCUCCAUCUCCAAUGGCUACCUGGCCAGCCUUUGCAUGUGCUUCGGGCCAAAGAAAGUGCUUGUGCACGAAGCAGAGACAGCUGGAGCUGUCAUGGCAUUUUUCCUGUCACUGGGCUUGGCUCUAGGAGCUGCCGUCUCCUUUCUGGUCCGAAUUCUCAUCUAGCAGAGGCACACAGAGGGUGCAGGGACACCAAGAGAUGGCUCCGCAUCCUCCACUGAGGCCCUGGACUCCUCAGCACUGUGGGGAAAUAACAGCUUCCACCCGUUCCUGCCAAAUCACACUGCCACAGCAGACAUUACACCCAGGGACGGUUCCACUCCUGCAGGGUUGGCCUGGUUCCUGCCAUGCUCAGCUGUGUGACGCCUUCAGGCCUAUGUGCCUUCUCCUUCCCUAUGCUGUGUGUGUUGUAAGACCCCCAGGAUCUCCAAGAAGUCCAGCUGCCUCCCAUGCUGCAUAACUUUUCUGGCUCAAGGCCAAAAGCCAUUUUCAGCCUCUUUCUCUCUGAGAGAGUGAAAGGCUCAUAACUAGUAUUACUCUUUCUCUUGCCCUUGUCUCCAAAGCAUCUAGGAGAUUCUCUCCUCUCCUCCUAGGCAGCCUGGAAAUACCCCACAUCCCUCUUCCUGCUGGUAGACUUGUGGAGGGGGAGGAGAGCACCAGCUGGCCUCAUCAUCCCUGCUCUCUGCUAUACGCACAUCCUCCUGCCCAGUGGUAUCCCAAAAGUGUAGACAUCUGUGUCCCAGCCACAGAAAGAGCCAACACUGUGGCUAGGCUGAGGGAGGAGGAGGUCUCCACACCCCACCUUCUCCCCCUCUCCUUGCUUCUCUUAUCUUUUUUUUUUGUUGUUGUUGUUUUUUAUUUUGUUUUUUGUUUUUGGUGACUCUGACAUUGGUCUUUUUUCAGCCUCCUGGUUGUGUGACAGGAGGUUCUAUUGUGGGUUACAAGAGGAAAGGCAGCAACUCCCUUCCCAACAAAGCUGCCUUCCCUACCCAUGUGUGCUACAAGGGAAGGCCUCACCUCUCCCUUGGCUUUCCUGUCCCUUGUUGUGUAAAUGUGUCUAUACAAUUGCCAUUUUCUAUAAAAAGAACAAAAUGCUC